AUGUUACAGCGGUAUAUCUCGCGAGAGUGUAUUUCUAUCCACGUGGGCCAGGCGGGGGUGCAGAUUGGCAAUGCAUGCUGGGAGUUGUACUGUCUGGAGCACGGCAUCCAGCCCAGCGGCCAGAUGCAAAGUCAGAAGUCAAACGGAGGAGACGGCUCGUCCAACACCUUCUUCAGCGAGACGGGCUCAGGCAAGCACGUGCCCAGGGCCGUCUUCGUGGACCUGGAACCCACCGUCAUUGACGAGGUACGCACUGGAAGCUACUGCAAACUCUUCCACCCCAACCAGCUGAUCACGGGCAAGGAGGACGCGGCCAACAACUACGCACGAGGUCAUUACACCAUCGGCAAGGAGAUCAUCGACCUGGUGGCAGACAGGAUACGCAAACUGGCCGACUUGUGUUCGGGUCUUCAGGGGUUCUUGGUGUUCCACAGUUUCGGAGGCGGCACAGGUUCGGGCUUCACGUCGCUGUUGAUGGAGCGUCUGUCGGUGGACUACGGCAAGAAGUCCAAGCUGGAGUUCUCCAUCUACCCGGCCCCUCGGGUGUCGACGGCGGUGGUGGAGCCGUACAACGCCAUCCUGACCACGCACACCACGCUGGAGCACUCGGACUGCGCCUUCAUGGUGGACAACGAGGCCAUCUACGAUAUCUGCCACAGGAACCUGGACAUCGAGCGGCCGUCCUACACCAACCUCAACCGGCUGAUCAGCCAGAUCGUGUCGUCCAUCACCGCCUCGCUGCGCUUCGACGGCGCCCUCAACGUCGACCUGACCGAGUUCCAGACCAACCUGGUGCCGUACCCGCGCAUCCACUUCCCGCUGGCCACCUACGCGCCCGUCAUCUCGGCCGAGAAGGCCUACCACGAGCAGCUGUCGGUGGGCGAGAUCACCAACUCCUGCUUUGAGCCCGCCAACCAGAUGGUGAAGUGUGACCCUCGCCACGGCAAGUACAUGGCGUGCUGCCUGCUCUACCGCGGCGACGUGGUGCCCAAAGACGUCAACGCCGCCAUCAACACCAUCAAAAACAAGCGCACUGUGCACUUCGUGGACUGGUGCCCCACCGGUUUCAAGGUGGGAAUCAACUACCAGCCGCCCACCGCAGUGCCCGGCGGUGACCUGGCCAAGGUCCAGCGGGCCGUGUGCAUGCUGAGCAACACCACCGCCAUCGCCGAGGCCUGGGCGCGCCUGGACCACAAGUUUGAUCUGAUGUAUUCCAAGCGUGCCUUCGUGCACUGGUACGUGGGCGAGGGCAUGGAGGAGGGCGAGUUCACCGAGGCCCGCGAGGACAUGGCCGCCCUGGAGAAGGACUACGAGGAGGUGGGCGCCGACUCGGUGGACGACGGUGCCGAAGAGGGCGGCGACUUUUAG